GACCUCGAGCAGAGCUGCUGCCUGCGAGCUGCACAGCUCUGCGGUUGCAGUUCUCCGGGUCUCCUUUGCUUCUCAUCUGCUUUAAAGCCACCCGCUCUCCCCGUGCUGUAAGUGCUACAAAGGCUGCGUGGUUCACUUCCACGGAUCUCGAAUGCGGGAAUGGCGCAGUCAGCGUUUACGUGGAUCUUCAGCUGGAUGCUUCAAAAGUCUCAGAGAUCCCUUUAUCUGAGGUGCUGGAUGAUAAGCGGGGUGCUGCGUGGCUCAGCUGUCACCGGAAUGCUGACGAAGCACGCGCUGCCAGGCCUGCCUCUCUCCAUGCACUGUAAACCUCGUCUUUCUGACAGCAGCUCUCAGAUCAGCGAGGCUCAAACUGAGCUCUGCAUCCCCUCCAGCUUCUCCUGCCCAUCGUUUGCUAUUUGUAGUUGCUGUGAGCAGCAUCUCUGGCCGGCCAGGCGCCCGGAGCCAUUAAAUAAGUGCUCUGAUAGAUGCUGUGCCUUACGCCAGGCUUGGUGGGCGCUCGGUGUGAGCAGGGUACGUUAUUUUCCCAUCUGUGCGUAUGCAGAGCUUCAUUUUCAAAGCUGUUCUUACUCCGUCCCCCCCGAGCUUGUCUUCUCAUCUCCUUAUUGCUCACAGUGCCAGCUUUCCUCGCUCCUUUGAGAGCGUUUGGUGUUUCUGGCGAAUUGUUACGUGAGUUUCUAGCAAGAAUCAGAAAAAUCCAAGCAAAAAGUGACCCUCCUGCGGUGACUGACUUGCUGAAUCUCGUCUCUUUUGCAGUUGGUGUAUCCUUACGACUUCAGGUUAACAGAGAAAGAGAAGACCAGUAUCUGCUACUUGUCCUUCCCCGACUCCUACUCAGGUGGCCUGGGGGACACCCAGUUCAGCUUCCGCCUGCGCCAGUCUGGGGGACAGAGGACCACUCACUAUGAGGACGAUGAGGGAGUCGGCGCAUUACUUUGGUUACGUAUACUUCAGGCAAGUCAAGGACAGCUCGAUGAAGAGAGGUUAUUUUCAGAAGUCUCUGGUGCUGGUGUCACGCCUUCCAUAUGUGAACUUGUUCCAGUCGUUGCUUCAGCUGAUUGCUCCGGAAUACUUUGACAAACUGGAGCCAUGCCUGGAAGCAGUGUGCAAUGAGAUUGACCAGUGGCCACCUCCAGUGCCAGGACAGACACUGAACCUCCCAGUGAUGGGGGUUGUCAUUCAGGUGAGAAUCCCAUCCAGGGUGGAUAAGCCAGGAUCAAGCCCAGUGAAGCAGUUCAAUCAAGAGAAUCUCUUACCAGCCCCGCUGGUUCUCCCAAGUAUUCACGAACUGGAUCUCUUCAGGUGUUUCCAGCCAGUGCUAAUUCACGUCCAGAUGUUAUGGGAGCUGAUGCUACUGGGAGAGCCAAUUGUUGUGAUGGCACCAUCCCCUACAGUUUCUUCUGAAAUGGUUCUGGCUCUCACCAGCUGCCUUGCUCCCCUGAGGUACUGCUGCGACUACCGUCCCUAUUUCACUAUCCAUGACAGUGAAUUUAAAGAAUAUACCACCAGGACACAAGCUCCGCCAAACAUUGUUGUGGGAGUCACGAACCCUUUCUUUAUCAAAACACUCCAGCACUGGCCGCACAUCCUUCGGGUUGGGGAGCUCAAAAUGUCAGGUGACCUGCCCAAGCAAGUCAAGGUGAAGAAGCUAACUAAACUAAAAACUCUAGACACAAAACCAGGAAUCUACACUUCUUACAAAACGUUUCUUCACAAAGACAAAACUCUGAUAAAAAGGUUGCUAAAGGGCAUCCAGCGGAAACGCCCGUCUGAAGUCCAAAGUGCCCUUCUGAGGCGGCACCUCCUGGAGCUCACCCAGAGCUUCAUUAUUCCCCUGGAGCACUAUAUUGCAAGCCUGAUGCCUCUGCAGAGGGCCAUUACUCCAUGGAAAAAUCCCCCACAGAUUCGUCCUUUCCGACAAGAUGAUUUCAUGAAGACCCUAGAGCAUGCUGGUCCCCAGCUUACCUGUGUCCUUAAGGGUGACUGGUUGGGUCUCUACAGGCGUUUCUUCAGGUCUCCCAACUUUGAUGGCUGGUACCGUCAGAGGCACAAGGAAAUGACCCAGAAGCUGGAAGCCCUUCACUUGGAGGCCAUCUGUGAAGCGAACAUCGUGGCAUGGAUGAAGGACAAAUCAGAGGUGGAGAUUGUAGACCUGGUGCUAAAACUCCGUGAGAAGCUGGUAAGAGCCAGGUGCCAGCACCUCCCUGUGAAGGAGGAGACCCUGCAGCGCGUGGGCCUUUACAUUGAGACCAUCAUUGACUCCUUGCCUGAGGAUCUGCAGGCGGUGCUGCACCACCACUGAGCACACUGAGGGACUGUUGCAGAAGGAAGGGCUCUCACAUGCUGUGAGCAGCUGCAGUCACGCUUGGAAAGGAAACUUCUUCUUCCCUGAUCCAGCCACCACGGCCCCGUCGGGACCUUCCUCAGGAGCCUGUUUGAUUUCUGAGCACGCAGAUCAGAACUGGAGCAGAAAUGGGAAACCACGUGUGCUGUUCUGUCUCAUCCUGCUGCAAGGAGCUGGAUUUUAGGGGCCUGUAAAUGAAAAACAGUUUCCUGUGUGGCUGUUAGUAGGUCAGAAAGCGGCAGCCAGGCUUUCAGCAGCAUGUGAUAGGCUGUGCAAAACAUGUUUUGCCCAUAUAUACACAUCCAUCUUUGUCUAGUGCUUGGGCUCUCAAAAUUUCAAUGCUGUCAUCCUGCCUGGAAGUGGGACGAGCCCUGUAUGAGGGAGUUGUUUUCAGGACAGCUCCUGCUGGUAAUGAGAGGGAUGCUAGUUCCCCACAUAGAAAUGAUGUGGAAAAGAACUGCCCAUUCUGCCACUGCUGCCCAUUCAGCAGCCUGACUCAUAGCAGCGAGAGCUUCAGCUGUGAUGGGAGUGGGAGGCUGAAUUGCUGGAUGUGGAACGCUGGUUUUUCUUCAGGGUAAAGAGAGAGAGAGAGAGAGAGAGAGAGAAAAAGGGGCUGGUGCAUCUGCAAGGAGCAGAGCUCUCCAGAGAGGGCAGAUGUGCACUGUGCGAAUGGCAAACAGCGAACGCAGCUCUGCGGAGAGGAGCUGAUCUCCAGCUGGAAUUUAUUCUGCUUGGAAAAAGGGAGUAUGUGCACUCUGGUAACGUGUAGAGUUGGAGCUCUGCCUUCGGCAGCAAGGUAUGUCUAACACGGUCAGCCCACUUGCUGAUAAAACACGGUGGAGGAUCUGAUUCAGGCAGUCUCACCGUUACUGCCGCUGCAUUCCACCAUCUGCCACUUUGGCCAGCGCCCUGGUGUGCCUGCAGAAUGCUUUUCAGGAUGGGCCUGACAGCCUGAUGCACUCCUUCCCACCCAGGAGCAGAGGUGAGCGCUCAGACCAUGCAGAGCUGCUGCAGCUCUCUGUUGGCAGCGCUGAGCACUUGCGUGGAGUGAGCUGCUGCCUUCUUCAUCCUCAGCUCACGGAGCUGGGGCAAUGUCAGUAAGCGAUGGAGGCGAUGGAAUCCUUCCUGUGUUCUCCCACUCCAGAGCACGGCUGGGGCAGCACAGAGGGGCAGUGGGGCUGCAAUUCCUGCUGCCUUCAGCCUGGCAGCAGCAAAGCGAGGAGCCUCGGCCGUACCGCCCCGUAGCAAUGCGUUUGUGCCACGCUCCUUAGCAGCAGCCCUCCCUGUACAGUGUAUAUUGUGUAUAUAGUUGGUGCGUGUGUUGCUGCCGUGAUAGCUCUGCAGUGACUGUGGUGGACUGAAGCACUAAUGUAUAGUAGAAAAUAAUAGUUAAAAAAAAAAAAAUCGAGCCAAGCUG